CCUCCCUUGCUCUGGCUUCCUCUCCACACACUGCUCAGCUGAUGCCUGCAGUCACGCUUGGAUCCAGACUCAGCACCAUCUGCCGGAUUUGAAAGCCUCUCAAGAAUGAGAUGGAUUCGCCCGAGAAACUGGAUAAGGACAGCUUAGUGGGCAUCAACAAGAACCGGCUUGGUGUGUGUGGCUGGAUUCUGUUUUCCCUUUCCUUGCUGUUGAUGCUCAUUACCUUCCCCAUCUCCAUAUGGAUGUGCUUGAAGAUCAUUAAGGAGUAUGAACGUGCUGUUGUCUUCCGACUGGGACGCAUCCAAGCUGAUAAAGCCAAGGGACCAGGUUUGAUCCUGGUCCUGCCCUGCAUUGAUGUGUUUGUCAAAGUUGAUCUCCGAACAGUUACUUGCAACAUUCCUCCACAAGAGAUCCUCACAAGAGACUCUGUGACCACCCAAGUGGAUGGAGUCGUCUAUUACAGAAUCUACAGCGCUGUCUCAGCAGUGGCCAAUGUAAAUGAUGUUCACCAAGCCACAUUUCUGCUGGCUCAGACCACUCUGAGAAAUGUCUUAGGGACACAGACCUUGUCCCAGAUCUUAUCUGGGAGAGAAGAGAUUGCCCAUAGCAUCCAGACCUUGCUUGACGAUGCCACUGAGCUAUGGGGGAUCCGUGUGGCCAGGGUGGAAAUUAAAGAUGUCCGGAUUCCUGUGCAGCUGCAGAGGUCCAUGGCGGCUGAGGCUGAGGCCACCAGGGAAGCCAGAGCCAGGGUCCUUGCAGCCGAGGGAGAAAUGAAUGCUUCUAAGUCCCUGAAGUCGGCUUCUAUGGUGCUGGCCGAGUCCCCCAUUGCCCUCCAGCUUCGUUACCUACAGACCUUGACUACUGUGGCCACUGAGAAGAAUUCCACCAUUGUGUUUCCCCUGCCUAUGAACAUACUUGAGGGCAUUGGUGGCAUCAGCUAUGACAACAAUAAGAAGGUCAAUGUUAAAGCUUGAGGUCUUCCAAGUCACUGCUUACUGCUUAGAAAGGCCUUUCUGUACCAUGAGAAGUCAGCCAUUAGAAAAGAGAGAGGCAGUUACAGUAACUCCACAACUAGCAGAAUUCCCAGAGGGAAGCAUAGCACCUACACAAACACAAAUGAGCUUUUAUUUUUUUUUAAGGCAUAACCAAUAUUCAAUAUUCUUAUGUAACUAGUAGCUGUCUGUGACAAUCAUCAGGGGCUUUCUCUCAGAAGGAUGGAGGCUAUGGGUGACUUUGACAAAAACUUUAGGUUUAAACUGUGUUGGAGAAGGACCCUGGGUCAUUUGUAAAGGAAAGCAGAGACUGCCUUUUUGGUGUGUAUUUGAUCUACUGCUCCAAGAAAAUUAUUUGCUAUAAUUCCUGUAGAUGUAAGGAAAUCCCUCAAGACUGAAACUUAGGAUCAAUUUGAAUGUAGAAAACAAAGUUCUGCUGCAAUGUAGCAGCAACAACACAGGACAAAGGUACCAGCUGAGGUCCAGCUCUCUAGACAAACUGCAUGUCCUGUUAAGGUGUUGGCCAUUCUCAGCAUCAUGCACAUUUAGUAGGUGCAGAGAAACAGCAAGGCAGAAACAGGGCACUUUGCUUACUAGUGAAAACACCUGUAACCACUGGGGAGGUCGUUCUGUGAAUUAAAUGUUUUCACAAUGCAAG